AACCCUCAGCUUUCAUUUAUAAAGCGAGUUAAGUUUGCAGCUCUCCUGGCUAAGUUGAAAAGCUUGUGAACGCCUUAAAUGCUCCAAUGCAACAAAACACAAAGAGCUGCCAGUACUCUUUGUUACGGCCGUUUUAAGCCAGUUUGGGGAUGCUGGAACAUUUGGAUUAGAUGCACCGUUCCAAGACGCGCAGGUCACCUUGCCUAACGGAUGCAGGGAUGGGCGGCUCCCUUCCAGACAAAAACCGGGCAGGGUGGGCGGAGGAUGCCUCAAAACCUAUCCUCGAGCAUUAGCCAAGCUGGGACUCCCUUGAAACCUCUGCGGCUCCAAACUCCUCCAUCCUGUGACCAGGGGAAGGAUGGGAAGCCGGGCUUUCUCCCUUUAUGCUCCCGACGAAUGCAAGCUCGGCAGCUCCUGGGGCCUGGGGUCAGAGUAGCCCUUUCUCCCCUCAGCGUGCGUGGGGUGGGAAGCGGUGGAAGAGGCGGGGAGGGGGCGCCUGUGGUAAGGCGGCAGCAGCAGCAGCCCUGGGGCCCGGGCAAGGAGGAGCAGCGCGAUGUCUGGGAGGGCGGCAGCGAUAGGGGGGUUGUUGCAGGCCCGGGCUGCAGUGACUCCUCCUAGAGGCGGUAUGCGGAGCAGGAGGAAACCCCUUCCACCCCCCCUCAAGAGGAGCCGCCGCCAUCGCCAUUGAAACAUACAAUACGGGAAGAGAGCCGGCGGCUGAGGCGGAGCAAGGAUUUUUCUGUGAUAAUGCUGCACUGACAGUGCAGUAGUCAGAAGAAAAGUUAUAGCAAAUGUUCAAGUUAUCCAGCUUUUAAUGAAUAAUGUGUCAGCUUUAAGAGCUUUUGGAGCAAGGGGUUAAGAAUCACCAGCAAAUUGAAAAGCACAAAGCUGCAAGAUGUCGGGCCGAAGUGGGAAGAAGAAAAUGUCCAAACUCUCGCGCUCAAGCAGGGCAGGUGUUAUUUUCCCUGUGGGGAGAAUGAUGCGCUACUUAAAGAAAGGAACAUACAAGUACCGGAUAGGUGUUGGAGCACCAGUUUACAUGGCAGCCGUCAUAGAGUACCUAGCAGCUGAAAUUCUAGAAUUAGCGGGAAACGCGGCACGAGACAAUAAGAAAGGAAGAAUUGCCCCCAGACACAUCCUCCUGGCAGUGGCAAAUGAUGAGGAACUGAAUCAGUUGCUAAAAGGUGUGACGAUUGCAAGCGGAGGUGUUCUGCCCAGAAUUCAGCCAGAGCUUCUUGCCAAGAAACGGGGUGCCAAAGGCAAAUCUGAGACCAUCCUUUCGCCUACUCCUGAGAAGAAGGGAAGGAAAUCCAUGGUGAACAAAAAGAGUGGGAAGAAGGCAAAGUCUACCAAGGCCCGGACACCCAAAAAGAACAAACAAAAGGACAAUGAAAAAGAAGGAGCUUCAAAUUCAACAUCUGAAGAUGGACCUGGGGAAGGUUUCACUAUCUUGUCCUCCAAGAGUCUUGUGCCAGGACAAAAGCUUUCUCUGACACAGAGUGACAUCAGCCAUAUUGGCUCCAUGAAAGUAGAAGGCAUCGUUCACCCUACAACUGCUGAAAUAGACCUUAAGGAGGAAAUAGGCAAGGCAUUGGAAAAGGCUGGAGGGAAAGAGUUUUUAGAAACAGUGAAAGAGCUUCGCAAAUCUCAAGGACCUUUGGAAGUUGCUGAAGCUGCACUUACUCAGUCUAGCGGCCUAGCAGCGAAGUUUGUCAUCCACUGUCACAUCCCACAGUGGGGCUCAGACAAGUGUGAAGAGCAGCUUGAAGAGACUAUAAAGAACUGCUUAACAGCCGCAGAAGACAAGAAAUUGAAGUCCGUGGCUUUUCCCCCAUUUCCCAGUGGCAGAAACUGCUUCCCAAAACAGACGGCAGCCCAGGUCACUCUAAGAGCUAUUUCCACCCAUUUUGACGGCACCAGCUCUUCGUCCUUGAAGAACAUUUACUUUCUGCUCUUCGACAGUGAAAGUAUUGGCAUCUAUGUGCAAGAGAUGGCCAAGCUAGACACUAAGUAGCAAUGGCAGCCAAAUGAAACUUUAUUUUUCAACAAACUUGAGUAGCAUUAAAAACAUUAGAGGUGG